AUGGCAAAGUCGUUGUUCAUCCUAGGUCGAAACAACUACGACCAACUAAAAGAGAGAUCCCUGAAUGCCACCGACAUGUUCUUGGAUUUAGUUGAAAUAUUAAACGAGCUAAUGGCGAAGGAGUUGAGGAGUGCGGUCGUCAAAUUCUACAAGAUAAAGUUCCUCCACGACUUUUCCAAUUACAUGAUUAACAUGGAGGAGAUCAUUGAUAUAAUGGACCACUGUUUAGUGGAACCAGUGGAGAAAAUUAAUUUCAUUAGAAACCAGUUUCAUGGCAUGAUCAAAAACUUCGAAGAUGUGAGGCAUUUUGACACUGUGGAUAAAUGCCACAACGAGUUACCGGAUGAAGUAGCAGCCGCGCACUGUAUUUUGCACCAAGCGGUAUUAUUUAACGAAACAAUGCAAGAGAGUCUUGUAUCAAUAGUCGAGAUAAAAACGAAGCAAUGCGCAAGAGACGUAAACGCCUCAUUGUAUGACGUUAAAAAAUGCCUCGACAAUUUUGUUCCCAAUUUCUUUGACCAACUUCUUGUUGACGCGUAUUCAGAGAACUGCGAAUACUUGAAGGUAGUUAACGCAUCGAUGACAGAUUUCACAACAGAUAAAUGGAGGAACAGCCACCAAACGUUGUUUCCACAAAAAUGGGAAAAUCUUGUCAGUAAGCUUAAAGAGAAGGCUAAAUCACUAUAUGGAAAUAUACAAGAACCCCUAUAUAUGACAUUAUUUUCAGCAAAUAUUUCAUCACAAGAUAUUGUUAAAGCUUUAUAUGCUUAG